CUGUCGUUGCCUUUGGCUAGUGCAAUUACCAAAGCUAUAUUAUAUAUCACUCAAAAAGUUUUAUAAGACCGUAUUGUAAAACUUAAUAGUUUGAAUGAUUUGUGAUUCUGCGGAAUAUAUCUCAUUAUUUUACGGUGCAUAUAACAUGAACAUAGGGGGUGAAUCACAUUAGAUAGACCAUCACCAGAUAUAAGGAAAAAAAUCGGACUGAAAAAUAGAAAAAUUGAAGUGCCAGAAGCGAUUUGAAGCACACACUAACUAAUCGCACACGUUACAGUAUAACAAAUAGUUUACAGAUCUGACUUAUACGAGACGAGAUUUUACAAGUAUAUAAGAGUUAUGGCCGAGGAUACGUUUGUCCACAAUAAAUUAAAAAUAUUAACGAACGAUGCACUUGGCAGGCACUUAGUGACCGAGGAAGCGAUAAAGAAGGGAGAACGAUUAAUACUCGAUCCUGCUCUUGUAAUUGGCCCCCAUGUAAUAUCCGGCCCAGUAUGUCUCAAUUGCUGGACGCCUGUGCCUCCUGCUUCCUUCUGUCGGCGUUGUAGCAGAUGCGAUAUUGCCCCUUUGUGUUCUUCUUGCUUCGAGAUGGUUCCCAACGAUCAAGUUAAAGAUGACAACCAAAAUAUAAGACAUAAUCUUCAGGAGUGCAAUGCUUUUCAGAAAUCUACCCUUAACCACAACACUUUGAUAAAUAAUUUGCACGUCGUGAUGCCGCUCAGAUGCUUGCUGCUGAGUGAGCAGAAGCUACAAGAAGUGAUGAAGAUGGAAGCGCACCAGGAGAAAAGAAGGAACAAGGCAAUUUGGCAUUUAUAUAGAGCAGUAGUAAUCAAGGCAUUGUACGAUUUUGGAUUGGUCGACCCGGAGAAAUGGAACGAAGAGUCAUUGCAGCGGCUUUGUGGAAUUCUGGACGUAAACACUUUCGAAAUUCGAUGUCCAGCUGGGACAUCCUCUACCGCCAGAGCCCUAUUUCCGUUGGCGUCUCUGAUGUCUCACGAUUGUACUCCAAAUGCCCAUAUUACGUUAGACAAAAAGCAUCACAUUCGCUCUUUUGCCUCACGCGAUAUUGCAGAAGGGACUACAAUCUGCUGCACUUAUACCAGCAUCAUGCAGCCUACAUGGAGAAGAAGAGAGCAUUUACGUGAAGGGAAAUAUUUCGAGUGCAUGUGUGAACGCUGCAAAGACGCAACGGAGUUUGGAACACAUUUGCAAUCCCUCAUAUGCACCGGUUGUUCCGGGCAGGUCAUUCCAACAAAUCCCACUUCACCAGACCCAUGGUCUAGUGGCAAUUCCUGGUCGUGUUUAAGUUGCAAUAAAAGUUAUGAAGCAACAUCUAUCAAAGCCUUGCUCGAUGCUUUCGAGGCCAGAAUAGCUAUUACAGACAAAACCAACGAAGAAGCUCUUGAAACUCUUCUCUCGAGUAUGUGCCAAACUUUGACACCACACCAUUAUCUGAUGUUAGAUGUAAAGCAGACGCUGGCUGCUUUGUUACGUGACAAAUAUACUGACGCAGAUGAUGCCCCCAUUGAUGCAUUACGCCGAAAAACCAGCUUAUGCUCAGAGUUGGUGAAUGUUUUAGAAACACUGGAACCGGGUUUAUCUCGCCUGACAGGAAUAGCUUAUUACGAAUUAUUCGUCGCCACAAGUCAGCAGGCCAACUGCGAGCUAGUGACUGAAUCCAUAUCCUCUGAAGAGUUCCUAAGUCGUAUAAAAUCAGCUGAAGGCAUGUUAAGAUCAGCAAUCAAUCUUUUAAUAUACGAACCGGACAAUACACCAGAGGGAGCUCUAGUCAAGGCUGCAUUCCAGGACUUGCAUUUAAUAAAGAAUGCGCCAUAUUUGUUUGAAGAUGGUCAUCCUCCCAAAAUCCAAAAACCGAGGUUCUCAUCUUUUGGCCGAUUCUGAAUUCGUAUUGUUGAACCCACGAACAAAAUUUUAUAGAACGCAUUUUAAAAUAAUGUAUUCCAUGGGUUAUUUUAGGUUAACAUUUUUUUACGUCGAAAACUAUAUAUGGAUCGUUCAACCU